AUUUGCUGGCCAGUGCUAGUUGACGAUCGUUUUGCCCAGGUCCUUGUUCCUGACGUCACAAUCUAAACAUUGCUCAGCUGUGGCGAAGGUGUAUGCUGUGUUGUGUGUGAGUAGUCAAGAUUGGAAUCACACAAAAUUUCUUCGGAAAAUAUCGUGUGCGCCCCAAAAUUUCAUCACGGCGACCUGUUAGCAAGCCUGGCCUCGAGCGGAGAGUCGGACGACGGUGGACUUGCUCCGCCACCGCGAAAAAAAUCACGUACUUUGGACGCUACAAUGCAGCAAGCAGCAAAUGGCUGUACGCAACGCAAUGGAGUGUCCGAAGACCAUUCAGCAUCUUCAAGUCAACAGAAUGGCACCGAACUUACGUCCGAGAACAAUGCAAUUAAUGGAGGACCAAACGGAGAUUUCUCACCUAAGAUAAUAGACAAGACCAACCAAGACAUUGUGCGACUGAUUGGUCAACACCUUAAAACGAUAGGGCUUAAUCGAACUGUUGACCUGCUGAUGCAGGAGUCUGGUUGUCGGCUGGACCAUCCUGCAGCUGCGAAGUUCAGACAGCAUGUCAUGGAUGGUGAAUGGAGCAAGGCUGACAAUGACUUGGCAGAAUUGAAGUCGCUCUUGGAGAGCUCAUCUGAAACUCUUCUUGAAAUGAAGUUUUUAUUACUUGAACAGAAAUACUUGGAAUACCUAGAGGAUGGUCGUGUGCUGGAUGCAUUACAUGUACUUCGUAAUGAACUAACUCCCCUCCAGCACAACACAGUCAGAGUGCAUGAACUUAGCAGUUAUAUGAUGUGCAGCGGACGUGAAGAGCUUCAGAUUCGAGCCAGCUGGGAAGGUAAAGGCUUAAAAUCUCGAACUCAGCUUAUGGACAAGCUCCAAGAAUUUCUACCUCCCUCCAUAAUGCUUCCUCCUCACAGGUUGCAUACAUUAUUAUGCCAAGCAGUAGAACAUCAGAAACACCAAUGUCCAUACCACAAUACAAAAACUGAGGAUGGUCUUGAAAGUGUUUCUCUGCUUGUAGACCAUCAUUGCACCAGAGAACAGUUCCCAUGUGAAACAAUACAAAUCCUUAAUGAUCACUGUGAUGAAGUGUGGUUUUGCCGAUUCUCACCGGAUGGCCUGAAACUAGCCACAGGCUCAAAGGAUACUACAGUUGUAAUAUGGGAUGUUGACCCAGAUACAUUAAUUUGCAGCCAUCGUAAAACUUUGGAGGGUCACUCGUAUGGAGUGGCAUACAUUGCAUGGAGUCCUGAUAGCACGCAUCUCAUUGCCUGUGGUCCAGAGGACUGUCCAGAACUCUGGAUAUGGAAUAUUGAAUCAGAUGAACUACGUGUUAAAGUGUCUCAUUCACCAGAAGACUCAUUGACCUCCUGCUCAUGGCAUCGGGAUGGCAAGAAGUUCGUUACAGGAGGAAUACGGGGACAGUUCUACCAAUGUGAUCUGGAGGGCAAUGUUUUGGAUUCUUGGGAAGGUGUUAGAGUAAACUGCUUAUGGUGCCGCAGUGAUGGUAAGACUGUUCUUGCUGCCGACACUCAUCAUCGUGUUCGUGGAUACAACUUUGAUGAGUUAUCAGACUUCAACAUACUGCAAGAGGAUCAUCCAGUAAUGGCUUUCUCAGUAAACCGUACUGACCGCUUGGCUUUGCUCAACGUGGCUACACAAGGUGUUCAUUUAUGGGACCUUCAAGAUCGGUGCUUGGUACGAAAGUUCCAAGGGGUUACUCAAGGUCACUUCACAAUCCACAGCUGUUUUGGUGGAAUUAACCAAGACUUCAUAGCAAGUGGAAGUGAAGACAACAAAGUAUAUGUGUGGCACAUCAAGCGUGAGCUUCCAGUUGCUACUCUAACUGGUCACACUCGCACUGUAAACUGUGUUGCCUGGAAUCCAGUAUAUCACCAGAUGCUAGCAUCUGUUUCUGAUGAUUGUACAAUCAGAAUAUGGGGUCCUGCAAACAAGCACCGAAACCCAAGACCUAAAUCUGGUUUGGGAGAUGCAGCAUCUUCAUCAUCAAAUGGGAGUGUAUGGCUUGACAUGGGGUCAUAGUAGCUGCAGUUCUUCAGCACAUCCCUUCCUACACCUUCCCUGUACUCCCAUCUCUUACUCUGGCUCACCGUGGCUUUAGAAAUAUUGAACAUAUUAACUGCCAUGAUAAUGUAAUACCAGACACUUCCUGUGAACAGGAUUUUGUCGUCAUUUUGUAAUUGAAAGUACAGUAUAUAUUAUAUACAUGGAUUACUCAAUUAUAACUGAACACAUAAUGGAUGAACAAAAUCCAGAAUAGUGAAUAUUAAUGAAACUAGAGGAAAGCUGAAGAAAUGUGGUUGAAAAGCCUACCUUCUGUACCUUCAUUUCAAUAAUAUCUUGCCUUACAAGUAUAUUUGGUUUAAUGACCUGUAUUUUAUGAAUUUUAUUGUGAAUGUUACUGAAAUUGGUGGUGCACUUACACUUCCAGUGUCAGCUUGUGAAGGAAUCAAGGAAGGAAGUGCUGUACGCAGUUGCUGAUAAUGAGACCACGAUGACAAAUCAUAUCACCAGCAGAAUUUAAGGUUGAUGUAAUUUAAUCCCAUUGCAUGCCAGUUAAUAAUUGUAUGUUGAAUGGCUAUUAACUUCUACUGAUGAGAACUUGUAGUAGAAGACUUUGUAUUUGAAGGUUUAAGCUUUAGCUGUCAAAGUUACGUGUUGCAUUGUGCUCCUGUGUUUCACAGAGGUUGGAAUUCUGAGGUCGCUGUAACAAACAACUCUUGUCAUGAAGGCUGUUUCAAAGCAAUCUGUCGAGAAAUUGUGGUGUAACAUGUGAACUGAUAUUUGCUUAAUAUUUAAUUAACAAGUAAUACUUAUCAUUUAUUAUUGUUUCGGAAUGAACACCAAGUAAGUAGGGAUUUAAGUCUAAUAUUCUCACAGAAAUAGAUAUUAUUGUGUGAAAAACUCAGUUUGAUGGGAAUGUAGAUAGUAUAAAUACUGUAUAAGUUUGGUAUAAAUCAGUGUAUUUGUAAUAGACUUCCCCAGUAAUAGUUUUAUUACUGGGGAAGGUUCCUUCUGUGACUUGUGGACCUGGAGUAACAGUACUUGGAGUGGUGUAAGUCAGUGCUGAAAAUUCUCAUCUCUCUGGAUGUCACUCUGUCGACAGGAUGGAUUCCAUUGGUCACGCAAAACAAUACAUGCCCCGUUCUAACUUGGAAGGAUGAGGGUAUAAAGCCAAAUAUGUACUAAUUUGUCGUCAUGGCUAUUGGCUUAUACUGUUACUGUCAUUAAGUAAAGAGGGUUUUCAUGAAGAAAGAAAUUAUGGUCAUAUGAUUAUGAGCUGAUUCAAUUACUUGUCUUGCAACAAUUUCAUAUCUGAUGACUUAUAUCUGAAGAACUGUGGAUUAACUGAGCCUAGAAUUAUUUUACAUAAUUUCUUGUUUGUCCUGUACUUUUCAGCAUUACUAAAUAUGUUAUGUUCAUUAAUUUGUUACUGAUACUUGUAACAUUUCCAAAUGUGAUGUUGUAAUAAUUAUAUUACAUGGAUUUAUCUUUUGAUUUGUGAUCUUUAAAAUGACUUCGUUAUGCAAGCUGUCAUGUUAUUUUGUGUCAGUGUUGGUCUUCUGGGUUGUGACAUUUCAGAGAAAUGUACCCUCUCUGUCUGAUAUGCUGGUACCUGCCUUUGAGUCUGCAUGGAUUUACAAAUCAGAAUUUUGUUAACACAAGAGAAUGACUAUAGCAGUGUGACCAUUUAAAGCAAAUAGAGAGAACAAGGAUACCAAGGACACAGAAUUAAAAUGUCAAAGUGAAGAGCACAUGGGAUGACCCAGAACAAGAUCGUUCAGCCAGGUACAAUAAUAUAUCAAAAGCAGAAGAAACUGGAAUCUUUUCAUUCAUGAACCGGUGUAAAAUGGAAAUCGUAGAAGAGAGGUUACUUCCGUAUCAGAGGAAGAAGGAGAAAAAUCACUACAAUUUAAAUAACGUUUUGUGACAUAAUACAAUAUUUAUGGCUUAUAUUUAGUUCUGAAAAAUCAUAUCACAAUUUCAAAUCCACUGAGCACUUCCAUGAAUAAAUAUGAUCUUUAACAUAAAGUUCCAUUUGGAAAUACCGGUAUGUAAGUUUUUCCCAUACAUUUAUAACAGUUAUUUAUGGGUCAUGAUUUUAAGAGUAAUUACAAAAAUUAUAGGUGUUUCCAUAAAAUAUAAAGAUGAAACUAGACAUUAAAAUUCUUGAAAUGUCAGGAAUUUGUUUCAUUUGCUUGAGGCCACAGUAGGGAUGGGGGAAGAGUAUAAAUUUGGUUUAUUCCUACACCUUUGUAUAUGUACAAUGUAGUCAUAAUUAUUUUUGCUCUAGAGAUUCAUUGUUAUAUAAGUGUAAACAGAAUCAAUUAGAUGCAUUAGAAGAGUAGUCUAUUAAUUAACAUGUCAUUUUAUUUCUGUAAUCCUGUUUGAAUAUUGUAAUUAAGUCUUUCAUAAUUUCACACAUUUUACCUGUAUGUGACUUGAAUUUGGUAAAUAAUUUUGUAAAUUAAAGAGAGGAGAAAUAUCUUAAAAAUAGCUCACAUAAUUUUACUUUAUUGCCAAAACAUUAAGCCAUGUCUUACAAGAUAAAGUUCCUGUUGCAAUCAGAAUAUCUUAUAUACUAAAAUGAGAAUGAAGAAUUUCAGCAGCUGAAUUAUGCCACUUAUUUUUAUACAUAACUCUAGAUGACUGUCGCAGUCGUACAUAAGUGUGGGUUACUGUGGAAUGCAAAAUUGCAUUCUCUUUUGAUGCUAAUGUAAAAGGUACAGUGACAAGUAAUUGGGGGUGGAAAAAUAACUAAAAAACAUUGGUGCCUGUAAGAACAGUUUAUAAUUCAUGAACAGUAUGUUCAGAUCCCAGAAGACAGUCAGUGUCAUGCCCUCUUAGUAGGAUUUGAAGUUCUCACAGCAGUGAGUAGGAAGAUGGCUGUAUUCUAGGUUGUAGCGCUUCUACCAGACUACGUGGUGCUACAGCCCAAAUGACAGUCAUUUUAAUUUGUCCUCUUGUUGCAUAUAAUCAAAAAUCCACUCCACUCAAGAGCACUUGAGUAGCUAAUUUGACUUUUUGGAAUUAAUGUGUCUUCAUACUCACUUUUUUCUUGCUGUGUUCUCAAGCACUUCAUCUCAAACCACUGUUCUUUGUUCUCAAUGUUGACAUUGUAUGAUCUGUUGAGAGCUUGGCUGCAGAAAUUGUUUCUGUCAGACCCAAAAUACUUGUUUUCUUAAUUAUUUGCUUAUAGGAGUUAGCUCUUCCAUCUCCUGUGCCCUUGUUAUUAUUUCAUACAUGGCAGCUAAUACAAUCAGCACAUUUAAUUUCCACAGGCUCUGGGAGAUCUGCUUGUUAGUACUUACUCAUCACUGAAAUUACUCUCUGAUCUUUAGUUGUGUUUGAGCUUGAAUACUCUGUACAUGCUUAUACUUUCCUAUUGUCAGAUUUCAAUAUACCUUUUGCACACAUUAUUAAACCAGAACUGCUUACAUUGCUUAUUCAUUAGUUUGCCCUUCAUUUUUGUGUAUGUCACAUGCAGUUCACAUAUUCUGUUAAUGAAGUUUGAUGAAUGUAGUUUUCUUCUACAAUUUUUGUUAUUGUUUAAAGUUUCUGUUGUAUUGCUCACACUAAAUGGUUGUGUUUCUUCUCAUUUUCCAAAACAUCUGUAAGAAAGUAAGUAUCUCUAUAAAAAUAAAUUAUUUCAGCUACAUUAUUAAUCCACUUUGCGUUGUUUACCCUAACUGUACCAUGAGCAGUUUUAUUUCAAUCAAGCACCUCUUAAGAAUCAGAAAGAGUGGGAAUAAUGAUUUUUUGCUUAUCAUGAGUGGUGCAUUCCUAGUGGUUAUAGAAAAUAAAGUUUUGGGGAUUGCAAUCAGAUAAUAGGGUAGCUAGAGUCCAGACUGCACCCUUUAAAAUACUUUAAACUCUUUAGAUAUGCAUAUAUUGAUUUAUUUGAAAUUUAGGUUAGUGACAUUUCUGAAAGCACCAUACUAAUAAUUGUGAGUCCAUUGUGUGUCUUGGCUUUUCAUGUCUACAUAACAAGAUUAGUAUCAAGUUUAAUAGUAAUAAUUCAUGGUCACUUCCUAAUUGGAUUCAAAACAAAGAGAGUUCUACUAUAUUUUUAGUGUUUUAAGAGUCAGGUCUGUGUUUCUAAAGUUUCAAUUAAAGCAGUAUGUAUUUUCUUUCAAACAUAUUCCACGUUUAAACCCAGCAGUUUUAUGGUGUUCAGAGUGAAUUGAUACAUGAUGUGCGAUAUUACUGGACCAUGAAAAGUUAAUGAUGUAUGUCUCUUUAAUAUUUUAAGAACCAGUUUCAGACUUUCAGUUGCCUAGGAAACAAGGCACUUUGGAUUUUCCUUUUCCACCCUUGGGAAUGAGGUACUAGAAAUUUUCACAUUUUGAAGGUGAAUGUGUGUUAUACACAUUUUCAACUUGUGUGGUUAUUGAAUUUCUUCAUAUUUCAUUAUAACUCUGGGAAAAUUAUGAAUGUAUUUUCUCAGCAUCAAGGCUUCUAGUGAUAUAAUAGUUCACCUAAGCCUUUGUGAGCAUUCUGCAUCUACAUACUGAUGUAAAUGUUUCUUCACAUCAUCUAUUUUCUUCUGUUCUUAAGAAAUAAUAUUGCCUUAAAUAUCCAUGAGAUGAUUUCUUAUUCCAUUUUUGUGGUUGCUUGAAAAAUCAAACUUCAUUCAGUGAUCUGUGUACCAGAUUCAUAAGGAGAUUGAUGAUUCAUUAUCCACUUGGGAAAUUGUCUUGCAGUUACGUUAGGCAAAAUCUCUCUGCCUGUUGCAGCUGUAAAUGCUGUGGUGAUAUUGAAAAAAUUAGAGAAAAAUAAAUUCAUCCCAUGUAGACAUAUGAUCUUUUGUUGAUGUCAAGACCAGUGCAAUACAGAUGUGUCAUUAAGAAUUUCCUGUUGUUCCAAGUUUCUUUGAAUAUCCAGUAACAUGCUUACAGUGAUGUUACAAAUUGGCAAUUUUGAUUCAAGUUUGAUUUUUCUCCCCAAUGAAAUUUAUUUUUCCUGUUCAAAAUUACACCACUGUUGAGAAAUUUGUAUUAGUGUGAAUUUAUUAGCACCAAGAAAAUAAACUGUUGUAAUUAUAAGCCAGUUGUGAUUUUACAGUGUAAUAAUUACAAUCAUGCAAUAAUUUGUUGGGGUACAGGUGAAGGUUGAAGUAAAGAUAAUCAUGUAUAGUUUAAAGUUACUUGUGUAAAUUUUAAUUUAGUUCAUAGUAACUAAUAAAUCAAACUUAUUUUCAAACUGUAUUAAAUUAUACUUUUCUGCAAUGCCUAUGGUAUUCUGUUGUGAGACAGUUUGAAUGGAUGUCAGUAACUUGUUGGACAAAAUUUUGGAGUAGAUCUGCCGUUGAACCGAAGUCAUAGUUUUCCUAUCUUGUCUCUAAUAUGUCUUCAUUUUACAUUUUCCAAAAAAGUAACAAUCUGUACAAUGUUAAUCAGAGUGCAGAAUAGUACUGCAUUGAAGCGAUGAGAAUAGUGUUCAGUCUUGAAAUAAGUAAUGUUUACAUGUGAGAAAAUUAAGUUGCCUAUGUUUGAAAUAGCUUUAAGAAUUCUUCCUUGUUUUGUGAAGAUCACAAUGAUAGUACAUAAUAUAUCAAGACAGACUUCAAGAAUCAGAAUAGUGUGUAUGUAUGUUCUGCUUCUGGAAUGGAAACUUCAUAGGAGUUUGUAUUGACAUUGGUGUAGCCUUUGUUUAUCACAUAAUUAAAGAUAAUUAGCUAUGUUUUAAUUAAUGAAUCAGUUUAUUUCCUCUAAUGAAAGAUAUGGUUGAAUUAAAAAUGUAUAACUAAACUUUAAAAAGUUACUUUUGUACUGUGAAUUUUAUUAUUUUUAUUAAGUGAACAAAGUUCACAUAAGUAAAUAAAGAAUUUAUGUCCCUUUUAAUGACUUAAUUUCGAUUGAUAAUGCAUUUCCAGUUAUAUGUGGUAUUCAAAGUAUACUCUUGAACAAUUU